GUGAGAAUGGAUUCGAGGAGAACUGCGUGGUCAAUAUCACCAACACAUGGGAUGGCUACGCGUACUGUGUGGUGUGGAAUGCCGCUGAGCAAAAAGUCGACCACGAAGGCUGGCUGCCGCAGUCAAAACUCUCAGAUUUGACUUCGGAGAAUUACACCGUUGAGACGGCAUGGAGAUUGCCGUUUCAAGAGCUGCUCCGCUACACCACCAUCGCCGAGGUAGUGCAGGACUAUGCCGGCGGUGGUGCUCUGACCGUCCGGGAAGGAGAUCUGGUGCAGAUCUCCCAUCAGGCCGAUGGCUGGGUCUUCGGAACCAUCCUGAAGGACACCUACCGUGAAGUGGGGGAGCGGCUGGAG